GUUCAUUCCUUACAGCUGGCAGCAGAGUGAAUGGUCGUGUGUGUCUGUGGGGUUAAUGGAAUAUAAUGCAUGGUGUCUUGCGUAUACUGACACGAAAUUAACUGCUAUUAUGGAGAAGGCAGAAAAUACGACUGAUGUUGAUCCAGGUGUAAUACCAGGCGAUUUUGGAAGAACAAAUGCAUCAGCAACUACGAAAAACUAUGACAUUUUUGGAAACGAGGGUUUCGGUGGUUACGGUAAUGAGUGUUUUAGUGUAUUUUAUGAAGUGAAUAUUGAGUGCAGCUCAGCAGUUGCGCAAAUGAAAAACAUCUGGAGCUAUGAUACCAACGACAAUCAGGUUUCAGUUCCUGAUUUAGUGCCUCAGAAUUUUCAAGGAAAUGGAAUUUUCUCUCGUAAAGUGUUUGUUGGGGGGCUUCCACCUGAUAUGAAUGCUGAUUUAAUUUCUUCAUUUUUCGAACAAUUUGGGGCAAACAGAGUUGACUGGCCGCAUCGCAAAUGUACUGGAGGUGAUAUUCCGCCAAACGGCUAG